GCUGACGGUUACACCCGUAAAGGAGCUAAUAAUGAUGAAAACAUAUGGACCAGCGACUUUUUAAACUAAGAGGAUUUUAUUUGUAUGUACUAAUCAGGAUAUAUCAGGAAAAACAGAACUUUAGUGUGAAAACGAUUUAUCAGCUUUUUCAAGACAAAGCCGUUAUUUUCUGAAGUGCUAGCUUAGCGUUAUUUCAAAGUGAGUCUGUUUAAAAAAAAAAAAAAAAUCAAAAUGUCUCGCGACUUCCAGUUUUCUGCCAUUUUCUGGUGCGCAACAGGUAUUUUGGUGGUGGUCUGCGCCGAGGAAUGUGGCCGACCCAUGAUAGUGGAGAACAGGAUUGUGGGAGGGAUCGACGCCACAGACGGAGCUUGGCCGUGGCAGGUCGACAUACAGACUAAUAAUGAUGGUCAUAUCUGUGGAGGCUCCCUCAUCACAAACAAAUGGGUCCUAUCAGCUGCUCACUGCUUCCCCAAUCCGUACGAUGUGAGCCCUUAUAUUGUCUACGCUGGCCGCUACCAGCUGAACAACUUCAACAUGCACCAAUCUGUACAUCGUGUGAGCCGUAUUGUGAUCCCUGCUGGUUACGAGGAGCCUCACAAUGGGAAGGAUUUGGCGCUGGUGCAGCUGUCCAGCCCAGUAACCUGGUCAGAUUAUAUACGUCCUGUGUGCUUGCCUGCCUCUGGCACCCUCUUCCCAGGUGGCAUGAGGUGCUAUGUCACUGGCUGGGGAAACGUCCGAGAUGAGGUUCCUCUGUCAGGAGUGGGGACUCUGCAGGAAGUGCAGGUGCCAAUCAUCUCCCAGAGUUCAUGUCAGGAGAUGUACAAUCUAAACCCGACGGAGCAGGUAGACAUCCUGUAUGACAUGAUCUGUGCUGGAUAUCAGGAGGGCGGCAAGGACUCAUGCCAGGGUGACUCAGGAGGGCCCCUCGUCUGCCAGAUGGUUAAUGGGACCUGGGUACAGGCAGGGGUGGUCAGUUUUGGACUGGGCUGUGCUCAUAGAAACCAACCAGGUGUUUAUGCCAAAGUGUCCGCCUACUCAGAUUUCAUCCGCAACACGAUACCAGAGAUCCGGCUUUACGGGUCGGCUAAUCGGAACUGGUGUGGGAGCACUGCCAUGUUGGUUGGGUGUCUGUCCACUCUACUGACUCUGCUUCAAAGAUAAGUCCCUUUGAACACCAGAUUUCGUUUUGGUAGACCUUAAAUCAGCACCAAUGAAGGAGGAAGUGAAUUCCAAGUCCAGCCUGGACCAAAAAAAGUCAAACUAGUCACUUAUUUCUUUUAUCUUGAGCUGCACAUGAAGCCAUAUUGAACAUGAAUUGUAAUAAAAUCUUAGACAUGUAAGUUUUUAUCAACUUUGAUUAAGGUAGUUUUGAUAGGUUUGUAUUUUACACCAGAAUUAUGAACUACAUAAAUUAUGAGCUGAAUAAAUUAUGUUUUCUGUAUUUGAAAUAAAUGAAUUUGAUUGUUAAAGCAGG